CUCAAUCCCAGAACCCUGGGAUCAUGACCUGAGCGGAAGGCAGAGGCUUUAACCCACUGAGCCCCAUAAAAAUACUAUUUUAAAGAGAUUUAACUAUACUUUCUAUACUGUUAGAUACAGGGGGAAAAAUAUUUCCAUCAUGGCUCAUUCAAAGACAAGAACCAAUGAUGGAAAAAUUACUUAUCCUCCUGGUGUCAAGGAAAUCUCAGAUAAAAUAUCUAAAGAGGAGAUGGUGAGACGGUUAAAGAUGGUUGUGAAAACUUUCAUGGAUAUGGACCAGGACUCUGAAGAAGAAAAGGAGCUAUAUUUAAACCUAGCUUUACAUCUUGCUUCAGAUUUUUUCCUUAAGCAUCCUGACAAAGAUGUUCGCUUACUGGUAGCCUGCUGCCUUGCUGAUAUUUUCAGGAUUUAUGCUCCUGAAGCUCCUUACACGUCCCCUGAUAAACUAAAGGAUAUAUUUAUGUUUAUAACAAGGCAGUUAAAGGGGCUGGAAGAUACAAAGAGCCCACAGUUCAAUAGGUAUUUUUACUUACUUGAGAACAUUGCUUGGGUCAAGUCAUAUAACAUAUGCUUUGAGUUGGAAGAUAGCAAUGAAAUUUUUACCCAAUUAUACAGAACAUUAUUUUCAGUUAUAAACAAUGGUCACAAUCAGAAAGUUCAUAUGCACAUGGUAGACCUCAUGAGUUCUAUAAUUUGUGAAGGUGAUACAGUAUCUCAGGAGCUUUUGGAUACAGUUUUGGUAAAUCUGGUACCUGCCCAUAAGAAUUUAAACAAGCAAGCGUAUGAUUUGGCAAAGGCUUUACUGAAGAGGACAGCUCAAGCUAUUGAACCAUAUAUUACCAAUUUUUUUAAUCAGGUUCUGAUGCUUGGAAAAACAUCUAUCAGCGAUUUGUCAGAGCAUGUCUUUGACUUAAUUUUGGAGCUCUAUAAUAUUGAUAGUCAUUUGCUGCUCUCUGUUUUACCCCAACUUGAAUUUAAACUAAAGAGCAAUGAUAAUGAGGAACGCCUACAAGUUGUUAAACUAUUGGCAAAAAUGUUUGGUGCGAAGGAUUCAGAAUUGGCUUCUCAAAACAAACCACUUUGGCAGUGUUACUUGGGCAGGUUUAAUGACAUCCAUGUACCAAUCCGCUUGGAAUGUGUGAAGUUUGCUAGUCAUUGUCUCAUGAACCAUCCUGAUUUAGCAAAGGACUUAACAGAAUAUCUUAAAGUGAGGUCACAUGACCCUGAAGAAGCUAUUAGACAUGAUGUUAUUGUGUCCAUAGUUACAGCUGCUAAAAAGGAUAUUCUUCUGGUCAACGAUCACUUACUUAAUUUUGUGAGAGAGAGAACAUUAGACAAACGGUGGAGAGUGCGCAAAGAAGCCAUGAUGGGACUUGCCCAAAUUUAUAAGAAGUAUGCUUUACAAUCAGCAGCUGGAAAAGAUGCUGCAAAACAGAUUUCAUGGAUCAAAGACAAAUUGCUACAUAUAUAUUAUCAAAAUAGUAUUGAUGAUCGAUUGCUUGUUGAACGCAUCUUUGCUCAAUACAUGGUUCCCCACAAUUUGGAAACUACAGAACGGAUGAAGUGUCUAUAUUACUUGUAUGCCACACUGGAUUUAAAUGCUGUGAAAGCAUUGAAUGAAAUGUGGAAAUGUCAAAAUCUGCUCCGACAUCAAGUAAAGGAUUUGCUUGAUUUAAUUAAGCAACCCAAAACAGAUGCCAGUGUCAAGGCAAUAUUUUCAAAAGUGAUGGUUAUUACAAGAAAUUUGCCAGAUCCUGGUAAGGCUCAGGAUUUCAUGAAGAAGUUCACACAGGUGUUGGAAGAUGAUGAGAAAAUAAGAAAACAGUUAGAAGUACUCGUUAGUCCAACAUGCUCCUGCAAGCAGGCUGAAGGCUGUGUGCGUGAAAUAACUAAGAAGUUGGGCAACCCCAAACAGCCUACAAAUCCUUUCCUGGAGAUGAUCAAGUUUCUUUUGGAGAGGAUAGCACCUGUACACAUAGAUACUGAAUCUAUCAGUGCUCUUAUUAAGCAAGUGAAUAAAUCAAUAGAUGGAACGGCAGAUGAUGAAGAUGAGGGUGUUCCAACUGAUCAAGCCAUCAGAGCAGGUCUUGAACUGCUUAAGGUACUUUCAUUUACACAUCCCAUCUCGUUUCAUUCUGCUGAAACAUUUGAAUCUCUCCUGGCUUGUCUGAAAAUGGAUGAUGAAAAAGUAGCAGAAGCUGCACUCCAAAUUUUUAAAAACACAGGAAGCAAAAUUGAAGAAGAUUUCCCACAUAUCAGAUCAGCUUUGCUUCCUGUUUUACAUCACAAAUCUAAAAAAGGACCCCCCCGCCAAGCCAAAUACGCCAUUCAUUGUAUCCAUGCGAUAUUUUCUAGUAAAGAGACCCAGUUUGCACAGAUAUUUGAGCCUCUACAUAAGAGCCUAGAUCCAAGCAACCUGGAACAUCUCAUAACACCGUUGGUUACUAUUGGGCAUAUUGCUCUCCUUGCACCUGAUCAAUUUGCUGCUCCUUUGAAGUCCUUGGUAGCUACUUUCAUUGUGAAAGAUCUUCUCAUGAAUGAUCGGCUCCCAGGAAAAAAGACAACUAAACUUUGGGUUCCAGAUGAAGAAGUUUCUCCUGAGACAAUGGUCAAAAUUCAGGCUAUUAAAAUGAUGGUUCGAUGGCUUCUUGGAAUGAAAAAUAAUCACAGUAAAUCAGGAACAUCUACCUUAAGAUUGCUAACUACAAUAUUGCAUAGUGAUGGAGACUUGACAGAACAGGGGAAAAUUAGUAAACCAGAUAUGUCACGUCUGAGACUUGCUGCUGGGAGUGCUAUUGUGAAACUGGCACAAGAACCUUGUUAUCAUGAAAUCAUCACAUUAGAACAGUAUCAGCUCUGCGCAUUAGCUAUCAAUGAUGAAUGCUAUCAAGUAAGACAAGUGUUUGCUCAGAAACUUCACAAAGGCCUUUCCCGAUUAAGGCUUCCACUUGAGUAUAUGGCAAUCUGUGCACUUUGUGCAAAAGAUCCUGUAAAAGAGAGAAGAGCUCAUGCUAGGCAAUGUCUGGUAAAAAAUAUAAAUGUGAGACGCGAGUAUCUGAAGCAACAUGCAGCUGUUAGUGAAAAAUUACUGUCUCUUCUACCAGAAUAUGUUGUUCCAUAUACAAUUCACCUUUUGGCACAUGACCCAGAUUAUGUCAAAGUACAGGAUAUUGAACAACUUAAAGAUGUUAAAGAAUGUCUUUGGUUCGUUCUAGAAAUACUAAUGGCUAAAAACGAAAAUAACAGUCAUGCAUUUAUCAGAAAGAUGGUAGAAAAUAUUAAACAAACAAAGGAUGCCCAAGGACCAGAUGAUGCAAAAAUGAAUGAAAAACUGUACACUGUGUGUGAUGUUGCCAUGAAUAUCAUCAUGUCAAAAAGCACCACAUACAGUUUGGAAUCUCCUAAAGACCCAGUACUACCAGCUCGUUUUUUCACCCAACCUGACAAGAAUUUCAGUAACACCAAAAAUUACCUGCCUCCAGAAAUGAAAUCAUUUUUCACUCCUGGAAAACCUAAAACAACCAAUGUUCUAGGAGCUGUUAAUAAGCCACUUUCAUCAGCAGGCAAGCAAUCUCAGACAAAGUCAUCUCGAAUGGAAACUGUAAGCAAUGCAAGCAGCAGCUCAAAUCCAAGCUCUCCUGGAAGAAUAAAAGGGAGGCUUGAUAGCUCUGAAAUGGAUCACAGUGAAAAUGAAGAUUACACAAUGUCCUCACCUUUGCCAGGAAAAAAAAGUGACAAGAGAGACGACUCUGAUCUUGUAAGGUCUGAAUUGGACAAACCUAGAAGCCGGAAAAAAACACCUGUCACAGAUUCAGAAGAGAAAUUAGGUAUGGAUGACCUCACUAAGUUGGUACAGGAACAGAAACCUAAAGGUAGUCAGCGUGGACGGAAGAGAGGCCACACGGCUUCAGAAUCAGAUGAACAGCAGUGGCCUGAGGAAAAGAGGCUCAAAGAAGAUAUAUUAGAAAAUGAGGAUGAACAGAAUAGUCCACCAAAGAAAGGUAAAAGAGGUCGACCACCUAAACCUCUUGGUGGAGGUACACCAAAAGAAGAGCCAACAAUGAAAACUUCUAAAAAAGGAACCAAAAAAAAAUCUGGACCUUCAGCACCAGAAGAAGAGGAAGAAGAAGAAAGACAAAGUGGAAAUACAGAACAGAAGUCAAAGAGCAAACAGCACCGAACAUCAAGGAGAGCACAACAGAGCAGAGCAGAAUCUCCUGAAGGUAGUGCAGUUGAAUCCACACAAUCCACACCACAAAAAGGACGAGGAAGACCAUCAAAAACGCCAUCACCAUCACAACCCAAAAAAAAUGUCCGUGUAGGACGCUCCAAACAAGCAUCUACUAAAGAAAAUGAUUCAAGUGAAGAAGUAGAUGUGUUUCAGGGUAGCUCUCCUGUCAAUGAUGAUAUUCCACAGGAAGAAACAGAGGAAGAAGAAGUUUCUACAGUAAAUGUACGGCGGCGAAGUUCUAAAAGAGAAAGGCGAUGAACAAAUGUAAUUAAUAACUUUCUGUGUGAAAGCUUUGAGAAGAAGCAUUCUUUUGUCAAGCUUGAGGCUAAGUAAAGCCUUUGAUGCACACAAAGUGGGACUGCUAGAAAGUGGACAGUUGGAACUUUCUUUGAUGACCUCAUGUGUUUGUGGUCACAGCGCUUUAGCCAUACGCUUGGUGAUAACAUUGACUAUGGAGUCUUGUGGAAGUGUGAUGUGCGAUGGCUAUGUAGACAUAAACUAAAGAAAAAACUUGUAAAUAUAUUUUUUUCCUUCCUCCCUUCCUCUCUCCCUCCCUCCCACCCUCCCUCUCUCCAUUCCUUCUUUCCUUCUUUCCCUUCUCUUUCUUAAUGUUUCUGACUUCUAAAGUGCUUGUAUAGCUUUUAUCGGCGGCUUUAAACUGACAGUACCCAACUGUUUAUUGGAUCUAUUGAUUUGGAAAGAGUUUGUUAGGAUAGAUCUUAAGCAGUAAUCUGUCAGUGUUUGUAUUUGUAUUCUCUGCAAUUUUACUGUGAAAAAAUUUUUUCAACAAAUGGUGUCAUUUUCUUGAUGUCAUUGUUUGUUGGAGAGUAAAAUGGUCUCUUUCCCUUGUGUAUCUUACCUAGUGUUUACUCCUAGGCACCCUUAAUCUUCAGAGGUGCUAAAUUGUCUGCCAUUACACCUGAAUGAUGCCUCCAAUGGGAGGACACCACACAAAUUGUGAAAUAGUCCUGAAGUUUGAUUAUUUUACACCUCAGUAUUGGUCUCAGAAUUUUCUGGCCUUUCGUGGCAAUGAAAAUUUUAAGAAAAGAGAGAUUUAAAAUAUUUUAAUUUUAAAGAGUGUGUUAUAAAAUAAUGUACUGAAUUCUUUAUCCCAUUUUAUCAUCAUCCCUUUUCAGUUUUUAUUAAUCUACUGUAUCAAUAAAAUUCUGUAAUUUGAAUUAGUUUUUAAUAGUCUAGAAUGUUAUUGUGUAUAGAUAUUUCCUCUUGAACAUUAUGUUCAGAAAAUGCAAAUUAUUACACUAUAAUAUAAAAUCUGAUAUAUACACAUAGAAAAGUUCCAGUUCUCCAUAACAGUGUAAAGUUAAUCAGAAAGAAAAAAUUUUAUUGAUGCAGUGUGUCUUUAUAAAGCUGUUCUUGAAAGCAAGUGUUUUGUAUUUUAUAUAGUGAGUUGCAUGUUUAUGAAAAAGUGCUGAAAAUGGGAUGUGCUCUUUUCUGUAAAUUCAUAUUUAGCCAUAGUAUAUGAUAGAUUGCCCCAUAACAUAGUUUUUCAUCAAGAGUUUAUUAUUGUACUUUAUUUUGGAGCCAAAAACUUGUUUUUGGGAGAGGGGAGGGACAGGGUGGGAGUGAUGUAUCCAACUAUCUGAGCUACUGUAGGUAUCACAAUCUUAUAAUUUUGAAUGAAAUUCCACUUCAUCUAGAUUGGGAGAAGUGGAAAUUUAUUUGGAUUUAGGGCAGUUCUUUUUUUUUUUUCCCUCCAUCAUAAUCUGCAAAAUA